UGGGUCCCGCCUCUCGGUCUCGACGCCUCGCCAACCUUCGCAUACGCGAGUGGAGCGCAGCCAUGCGGAGCGUGCAUCCUCCCUCGCACUUCCAUCCCUGUGGAUCAACGUCCCCGGUAUUCGGACACCGGGGUCGGGUAUGAACCAGCUGUGCCCUCUGGACAUGGAGCAGACACCUCGGAGGCAGGCGUGCGCACCCGUGGCCCGCCUCUGCUCCCGCGUUGGCAGCGACGGCAUUCUCGUGAAGCCAUACGAGUCAGCAACACAUGUUUCGGUGCCUCGGUCCUCCGUCGACCACCGAGGCGUCAGGUCCAUGACAAGUGAGUAUGUCGUACACUCCCACUCGCGUUGAAUUCGCGAAGCAUGCUUUCGUUCAACGUGGUCCCUGGCGGCUCCGCCUAACAUACUGUGACGGCCAUGAUGCUGCCUGCCUGAGGCGCGCAAAGUACGCCGCAGUGGAGGUCGACGGCAUGCAUUUGUCCUGUUGUCGCUGGUAUAAAGACGUACAGGGAAUCGUCGUGCGGAGGAGGCAUUGCACAACCAGCAAGCCGAAUCUGUGAAGAUGUUCUCCCGCGCCGUCGCCACGCUCUACUUUGUCCUGUCUCUCACACUCCUUGCGGUCGCCUUGCCGGGAGGCAAGCCCCCGCCUCCGACCACGACGAUCACCGCGACGGGGCCUCCCCCCACUAGCACUCCAGGGGAUCUUUGCAGUACCGGCAACGUCCAAUGUUGCCAAAGCGUCGGCGGCGCAGAUGACCAUGUCAUUGGUGCCCUCCUGGGCCUGCUUGGCGUCGUCGUCGACGCCGUCGACGUCGUGCUCGGCCUGCAGUGCUCCCCGAUCAAGAUCGUGGGCCUCGGCACGGACAAGGCGUGCUCCUCCAACGUUGUGUGCUGCGAGAACAAUAGCAUUGGCGGCCUCAUCUCCAUCGGCUGCAUCCCUAUCAUUCUCUGACCUUUCGCCUCCUCCUUCAAUGAGAUUAGACGUUACUUCUUACUUUACCUCACGCUCGUUAUUGGUCAAUAUGGGAUUGCCGCUGUCCCUUCGACCUCGUCGAUCGUUUCCCGUUAAUUCAAAAUUCUUAGUAUCGC